AGAAAACCCCUGGAAGCCCUCCUAGGUGAGCCAGACUUUGUGGACAAGGCAACUAGGUUCACUAAAAGUACUGCCAGUCAUCCCAGUGCAGGGACUUCAGGCACAGACACAGUCAAACGACGACCAUCCAGUCCCUCUCCAAUCAUGACAUCCAACCUCCAUACCCCAGGCUGGCACAGUGACAAUCCGUCUGCAGGCAAGAGGCCCAAGAAAGACUCUAAUGAAUCCUCAUCCCAAAGCAAUCUGCCAAGUCCCCCUCCUGUGUCUCCCCGCUAUCAUCAUACAGCUCCCACUGGUGAACCGAGAACCCCAAAAUCUUCUGAAUCUGGCCGUGUGACCAGAAAGGAGUUCGAUGAAUUGACGGAAGAUGUCAAGAAGCUGCGCCGUCGGGUCCACCAGCUGGAGAAGGAGGCGAAGGAGGGCAGCGCGAAAGCGAGUCACUCAGCGAGUCACUCAGCGAGUCACUCAGCGAGUCACGCCAAGGCUGAAGGCAGCGGCCUGAGUGUUAAGGCUGAAGGCAGCGGCCUAAGUGUCAAGGCUGAAGGCAGCGGCCUGCAGAGUGUCAAGGCUGAAGGCAGCGGCCUGCAGAGUGUCAAGGCUGAAGGCAGCGGCCUGCAGAGUGUCAAGGCUGAAGGCAGCGGCCUGCAGAGUGUGAAGGUUGAAGGCAGCGGCCUGAGUACCAAGGCUGAAGGCAGCCCUGCAGAGGACGGUACUACUGGACUGUAUCAGCAGGAAACACCGGCGGACGAGAUCCUGGCUGAUCUCAUCCGCCAUGUGGAUCGACCUUACGCAGCAACAAGGGUACUGAUGCUCACCCUGUUCACGGAGGAAUACAUUAGGACACACAGCGUGUCUGGCAGGGCCAGCAACACCACAAUGAAGGCGAAGCCCAUAUUCGAUGGUCGCUUGUACAACAAGAUGCUUGGAACAAUGCGGGCCAAGUUCCCCAGUUUGAAGACAUCUGACAUCACCGCGAAGGUGCAUGCGGUGCAGAAGAGUUUGAAGGCUUGAGGUGCGAGCGGCCGACUCUGUGUGUGCAACUAUAGAGUGACAGUGUACUGUAGAUGAAAUUAAGUGCAAUUAACAUGAUCUAUAUAAAUAUUUGAAAAUUAAAUGCUUGAAACUA